GAUUCGGUUUUUAGUUGUCUCUGAUCUUACACGCCCCAUCGUACUUGUUGCAACCCUGUAGGUUAUCGGCGGAGGGUAGACAUUGUUGGUAGAUUUUGAUACCUGUGGCCGUGUUGUGUGAAUGUGUGGCUACGCGAACCGCAUAAACGAGUGAAAAUGUUAGUUCAAUACGUGUAGCCACUUAUAUGUGUUUAUAUACAAUUAUGUUGCGAAAUCAGAACUGAGGAGGGUGGUAAUAAUACUUAGUGUAUGUUACCAAUGUACGAUUUAAGCAUUUUACGACGACUGAUGACAGUGUUAUUAAAUUAUCGGACUUCAUUAUGCCAGUGUUAAUUAUGUACUGCUGCAGUUAUUGUUGAAAUUAUAGUGCAUCCACGUAUAAAUACUAUUUGUGCCGCGUUCUAUCCUACCAAUAAAAUCUUUUAAGCUGCAUGCAGUGUUAAAAGAUGGAUUUGGGAGACUAUGGAUUGUGCCCAGUCUGCCUUGAGAAUGGAGUCACCACUAAAUUACUUUUUUUCCAUCUGAACUUAUCAGAGGCAUGCUUAAUGUGCCCGGAUCCAAAAUGCCCUUAUCCACUGGUAGAGAAUGGCGUGGAAGUAAUUGUUCAAACAGGGAGGGAGAAUCCAGCUUCAGAUGUAGAUUUUCUUGCCUCAUGUGGCUCUGCCUCAGCCAUUACUCCUCGUGGUCCACGAUUACUGGAAAAUUCAGAAAAUGCCUCGAGAGAUGGAGCAGCUACAAGGAAUGCUGAUGUGUUUGACAUUGAAGGAUUGGAUCUUGGCUCUUUAGACUUUGAGGAACAAGAACUUAUUAAAAUGAUACAGUCAUUAGAAGUUGCUUGUGCAACUGCAGAUGAAGAACUGAUGAGCUGCAGGAACGCAGGAAAAACUCAAAGUAAUCAGAAAAUACAAGUAAAUGGAUCUUCAGCACCACAAUACUUUGAAGCACAAUCCUUUGACAAACUUAAUACACCAGAUCUAGGCUCAGAACAGCCCACCAUCAAGGUGGUAGGUAAUAACAAAUUACCAGAGUGUUCUGGGGAGCAAGACUUGGAGAAAAUGAAACAAACUGAUAUCAGCCCAGAACAGCUGCAGCCAUCUGUCAAUGCUAUGGAAAGUGUUUUACUGCAUAACAACGAUGUGGAGAACAAAGCAGCACUGCCUUGUGGUGCACAGAGUACUGGAAAAUCGAGACAGCCAAAUGUUGGAACUGCACAGCAUUCUUGUAAAUUACCUGAGGAGCCAGUAUCAACUAGCUGUCUCACUGAAGCUAAAGAUUUGUGUUCUGAUCGGAUCACAUUGGAAGAACUUCUUGGAAAUGAUUUUGAGAAAUUUUUGAAUGAUUUAAAUGUAGGUGAUUUUCAAGAUGUUAUCUCAUUUGAUCAACAACCAGAGGAGGUCUUGUUGGAAUGCUUAGAGAUUCGCAAGGGUGAUGAUUCAGAAGUACAAGAUAAAGAAGUGAUGGAGAAAGAUUUAAGCAGCAGUCUGCAUGACCUUGAUGCUGUUGAGGAUGAAUCAGAUGUUGCAGACAUUGAUGACAUAAUAUCAGAUAAACUUAAUGCAAAAUACAAGUGUGAUGAAAUUAGUCCUGAUUUUGAUUUAGAACACAUGCUGCAUUUUAAGUGUGGUAAAAAACAAGAAUCCAGUGUUUCAGAUUUCCAGGCUGAAUCACUGUCUGAACAAAGUAUUGAGCAGAAACUUGAGACAGUAAGACGACAAAAAGAACUUUUGUUAUCUUCUAAGCCAUGGAAUAAAUGUUUAUAUGGUGCUCCAGAUGCUUGUAAAAAUUUGAACUUUGCUACAUGUGGCAGUCACAGCAUAUCACAAAACACUCAGGCUUUGCUUUGUGAAAACAAAAGUCAACAUCCAGGGUAUACAACUGCUGAAUUUAAUGGGGCACAUGUUUUCAAAAAUGCCUCAAGAACAAAUGUUUCUAGUGACAGCUUUCUGUCACAGAACCUACAGAGAAGACCCAGUGAGAGAGAACAUAAGCUGUCACGUGGUACAGAUGUGAAAGACAUAUUUCGUAACACACUGAAUGCUAAUUAUACAAAAGCAAAGAGAAUUCCCAUGGCUCGAGCAACAGGAAGUGCAGCUAGUAGAGAUAAUGGUUCAAAUUCGAGCACAAAGGACUCACGAAGCAGUGCUACUCCACGAAUGGAGCAGAAAGAAACUUCAGCUGUUGCAAAUCUUCUGAAUUUGCUUAUAAAAACGUCGUGUGCAGAUUAUAAUGGCGAUAAAACUGAUGAAUUGGAAGCUGUAGAAGCUCAGUUACUAUCUCAUUUUAAAAAGGCUCCUAUAACCUAUUGCAGACUGAACACCAUAAAAGCAGCUUGUAAGCAUGCUGCUAGUGUUGCUGCAGAAGGUAAACUAGCAUCUAGAACUAAUACAGAUAUAUCUGCUGAGAACAUUUUACAGCCUUUGCAAAAAUCUGAACACAAUCAGGCUACCACAUCCUCAUUUAACAGUGUUAAACCGACCAGAAAUGGCAAAACACAUGGUAGAUCAACUAGAGGGCAGCUGUUCGCACAGACACAGAAUCUGUUUAGAGAAAUGGAUGAAAAAAGAGCAUUGAAAUCAAAAUGUUAUACGCAAGGUAACUGCAGCAAAACUCGCAAAGAAAAUAAAAUAUAUCCAAAUCCAUUUUACCAAGAAGGAAGAGAGAACAAUUCAGGUAAAGGAAGUAAAUGCAGUCAGUGUGGAAAAGCAAAACGCCCACCCGGGGUUCUUCUGAAGAACCAUUAUCCAGCUCUUAACAGUUACAAAUUUUGCUAUAGCAGUGCCACAGAAAAUGUUACAAACAAUGUUCCACUUUCUUCCAAGAAAUCUGAAUGUGAUCAGGCACCUUCUUCACUCACUUUGAAAACUGUUACACCUUCUAGUUCAUCGUAUAAAGUAGCAAAAGAUAAAAGCACUAUGACAGAAAUGGACGACCAAAUUAAAGCUUUUAAGUCAGGUAGCUGCAGCACAAGUAAAAAUCAAAAGGAGGGUGAAACGAAAUCCCCUGUAAACUUAUGUAAAGUUGGAGGAAAGAGUCCUUUAAAUGGCAAAGGGGGCAAAUGCUGUCAGCCAGGAAAAGUAAAAAGCCCAUCUGAUGCUUGUUCAGCACAUAUUAACAAACAAGGUUUUGAUCCUAACAACAGUACAGAAAAUAUCUCUAACAGUGUUUCACAGGCCUCACGGAAGUCAGAAACCAGCCAAGUACCUACUACAUGCUCAGUUAAAACUAGUAAAACAUUAAGUAAAUCCUGCAAAGCCACAAAAGAGAAAAGUACAAUGGCUAAUGGAAAGAAAGUGCCAAAAUCAGAUAAUAAUAUCAAAGGUACAUCUCAUGACAGGUGUGAAGAAACUACUGAUAAAUUUCAUGGAGAUGUUAACUCUCUGUGUGCUAGACAUGCUGCAGUUUUUGAACUAAACAAAGGUUGCCAACAGGGGAAAAUGAAAGGAGCAGUAGUUCUUCAGAAAAAUAGUUCUCAAAUUGUUGACAAUGGAACAAAUAAAGGUAGUCCAAAGAAAGGACAGAAAACUGUGGUUAGUCCCAAAGGUGUAAACUUUCACAAAGAAAUGAAGGGUGCACCACAGGCAAUAUCAACUUCAGAUGUAGGAAUAAGCUCACAAGGAAAUGGGAAAUGCUUCAUUACUGGCACUGAGACUACUGUGGGAAACACAGGUGAUAGCAAACAGCGUACUGAAAAUGAAGUUCCUUCUGUUUCUUCGCAGGAUAUGUGCACUGACAGCAAUAAAGGAGGAAGUGUGCCAAACAAAAAACUGAAUUCAGCAGGUAGUACCAAACGCACAAGCAGGGCUAGAAGAAGAAAGACUAAGGAAGAAAGUAAAGGUCAAGAAGUGACUGCACAGUGAAUCUAUCUUGGGUACAUUUGGUAUUCCAAAGUAGCCAAAGAUCAAUGAAAAUUUGACAGACAAGGAAACAUAGGACUACAUUUGUUCAUCGUUGAGUACUAAUGAAGAACUAAAAAGGAAAAUAAACUGUCUUCUCCUACUUGAAACUUAGUAUUUUUGGUGCUACACAUUUGGCUGGAGAGUGUUGGAAUUGUAGCUGUAGCCAUAUGCUGUGAUUGGAGAGAUUGGGUAAGAGUGUGAAUGUGAAUUUUACAAGUUAUGUUAAGUGUAAUUUCACAGGCAAUAGACCAUGGAAACGUGUAGCCACCCAGUUAUAAGCUUUUAACUAUUCUUUUUGAAAGAUGUGUGUGGCUUAAGUAUUUGGUAGCACAGAGCAUGAAGAGGAAGGCUGAUAUUCUUAAAAAUGAGCAGUGCAGUAGUAGUGUGUGGCACAGUUAUGAGUAAUGACAUUAAGUAAAUGAAUCUAAAGUGACAAAUGUUGACGUCUUUUUGUGGGAAAAAAAUUUCUGAACUUGCAAAUCUCGUGUAGUGGUUUUGAGUGUCUGGAAAGUGGGCCUAUUUUAAGUUCCCACAGGAUUAGAAGUGGUGUGUGUGUAAGAUAUUCUUAAGACUAAAGCAUUGGUUAAAUAUUAUUUUAACCAACUAUAAUUGGGAGACUGCUAAUUAUUGAUAAAACUGAUUUGUAGCAUAUGUUACCCUGAAUUGUGACUUCAUAUUAAUAACCCACUGUUCAAUAUUUUGGAGUCUUCGUUGCUGCUUCUUUAUAUCUCUGUGCUCUCUCUUCUGUUGUGGAAACAAUCUUUCACCAUUGUCAGCUGUCACAAAGCAUGAAAGAAAAUUUACUAACAUCAAAUCCACAGGGAUGCAGAUAUGUUGGCUAGCACUUAUCUUCAUGAGGCAUAACUCCCAGCACCCUUGUCAGAUGAAAAUAGUGUUUCUUAGCUGUCACAGCCACAGAUUCCUUCUUCAGUGCAGGGAAGAAGAAGUAGUACGAGCUAGAAGAGUGGGUAGGUAUAAAUAAGAAUGAAGGUUGAGAGACAGACCCACCCCCAGAGAAAGGGAGGCAAAGA